AUGACACACCGCGCCUGGAGAGCUGUACCUAACACACCUCCUGACUUCAGGCGAGAGCUAAGUGAGAGGGCACCGCGGAUCCAAGAACCUCCCCAAUCAGGGACCUCCCAAUCAGGGUCCUCCCCAAUCAGGGUCCAUCCCAGUCAGGGACCUCCCCAAUCAGGGUUCUCCCCAAUCAGGAACCUCCCCAAUCAGGGACCUCCCAAUCAGGGGCCUCCCCAAUCAGGGGCCUCCCCAAUCAGGGAUCUCCCCAAUCAGGGUCCUCCCCAGUCAGGGACCUCCCCAAUCAGGGUCCUCCCCAAUCAGGAACCUCCCCAGUCAGGGACCUCCCCAGUCAGGGUCCUCCCCAAUCAGGAACCUCCCCAAUCAGGGACCUCCCAAUCAGGGUCAUCCCCAAUCAGGGUCCUCCCCAAUCAGGAACCUCCCCAAUCAGGGACCUCCCAAUCAGGGUCCUCCCCAAUCAGGGACCUCCCCAAUCAGGGACCUGUUUUACAAACAUUUGCGCAGCGCUGGCGUGCUAACCAUUAA